GCAUUUUCGUAAUGAGCUUCUGCAAGCUUUAGAAUCUAAAAUUGGAAUUAAUCACAUUUUCUCUUCUGUAUACCAUCCACAAAGUAACGGUCUCGUAGAACGUUUUAACGCCACAUUUGUACCACAAUUGGCAAAACUUCAAGAUCGCCAGAAAAAUAAUUGGGAUGAAUUCCUCCACGCCGUAGUUUUUUCGUAUAACACUGGUAAACAUCAUACAACCGAUUAUUCUCCAUUUGAACUUCAGUUUGGUCGUAAACCCCGACUCCCAACAGAUAAACCAUCAUCGAAAUUAGUAUUCAAGAAACCGAAUGACUAUUUUCAACAAUUAGAAAAGAGUAUCAAAAUUAUUCAUCAAAAUGCACGUCAAAACAUUGUUAAUCAACAAAAUCGAAUGAAAGGUCGCUACGAUCAGAAUAGACCAGAUCCGCAUUAUAAUACUGGAGAUAGAGUUCUUAUCAGAAUACAAGGAAAUCGUUCAAAAUUAGAUAACAGAAUAUUGAGUAGUGUGAGGGAUAUUGAUGGCUCGAUAUUAUCUGAAAAACAAUGGAAUAAUUAUGUUAAAGCCACUAAUAAAGCAUUAGAAAAAGAACAACUUCGUCAACAACACCCACCAUAUGAAAUUAAACAGUAUUUACAAACAACAACACUUAUCAAUUACCAAACCAGUAUUGAAGAAUUGAAUACCAUCAUCGAAUAUACAAAAAACACUGUUCAUUAUUGUUUUGAUACUGAAUCAACCAAUACUCAGUCAUCAACUUUACCAUCUAUAAUACAAAUUGAACUGUAUAUGUCCGAAAAUGAUUUUUCUAAUUUCGUUCUCAUCGACUGUGAAUUUCUUCCACCAUCAUAUUCACCAAAAUUUGAAUUAAUUAAAGAAUUCGUUAAAACUGUUUUAAAACAUCGAAAAAUAAUCGCAUGGGGAGAAUUAGUCAAUGAACUUCGUCCAUUUCUCAGAUUUGGAAUCUUCGACGAAAAUCAGUUACCAUAUCAUUUUGUUAAUGUUCAAGAUAAAUUUCAUUAUUUCAUGCUUGGUAGGACUCCACCUCUUCGAGGGGAAAGGGGUCUGAGAAGUACGGAUAAUGAAGAAGACGCCGAAGUAGAAGAUUUAUUGAUAAUACAUGCACCACCGAAACCAAUUGAUCCUGUUCACAAUGACUGGUCAUUACAACGUGCCACAGCUACAACAUUUGAAUUAUCCAUGGAUAAAUCAUUAACACUUAGUACAUGGAAUUGUGGUUUAGAUAAAAGAUUGAAUACAUGGCUUAAUCCUCAACUACAAGGUCAACAUCUUGAAGAAAAUAGCGAAACACAACUUUUAUUAAGAAGAAACAUGGUCACUUAUGCAUUAAUCGACUGUCAUGCUACUAGUCGUCUCUACAAGCACAUAAAACCAGCCAUUGAUCCGUCUCCUCCUCCAUCACCACAACCGCCAUCUCAUCUUCCCCAAGAAGUUUUAUCUCCAGCAUCACCAAAGAUCAUUCGAUCACCUUCUCCUCCACAAAUUGAAUGGGCUUCACUUCACACCACAUCAUCACAAAUAGAACCACAAAUUGUCACGUUUGUUCCUCGCACUGAUCCACCGCAACCAUCAUUAGUUUAUUCAGAGGACACUCUUCAACAAAAUGACGAUGAAACAGAAAGUGAUCAAGACCAAGAACAGGAACUCGAUCAGCAAAAAAGAAAACAUGGACCACGAUCCUUACAAUCAAAAAGAAAAAGAAACAGAAAGAAUGCCGCAAGAAAAAGUGCAAAACGUUAUAACAAUUACAUUGAAAUCAACGUCGAUCCUCGAUACGCAUUACCACAUAUUAGAGAACAUCUGAAUUGGAAACUUAUUCAAUUUAAACAUAUAUCCAUCACCAUUAUGGGACACCUUAUCAUUGGCUUUACAUCUGCAGAAGAUUUAGAACAAUUUAAAAAUAAAAUGGGCAUUAGUUAUUUUGAAACAUUUCGUCCAUAA